CGGAGGAUUUACCUGCUCGGGCGGAACCGUUGUUCGCUGCGAGAAACAGGAAAUGCAUUAAUUCCGUGGGACGCAUUCCGGAAGUAGACUUCUCGAGUCACAUUGAAAACUAAAAUCCCGGUCAAACGAAUAUCAGGACCAGUGACCAGUCCACUCAUCCCUGAUGACUUUACUUUGAUGAUCUCUAACUAUGUUUAGUUCAAGGGUUGUCCCCCGUUUAUUACGUAGAGCAACAUGUGCAUUUCAAGGCCAUGGAGAAAUUUCGAAUGGAUGUGUACACCCGGUUCUUCCUGCCUGUUGUUCUUCGCUACAACGUAAACCGAGAAGCUACUCGACGGCAGCAGACAACACGCCUCCCCCUCGAUGGGUACAACUGGAGCCAGAGCUGGACGAGGCCCUCGUGCCGCGUAAAUUGUCAGUGAGUCCUCUGGAGAGCUGGCUCUCGCUACGCUACUUUCUUCCCCCCCUGCUGGAGUCGGCUCAGCCGCGGGAGGACGUGGGGCUGCUGGAGGAGAAGGUGCUGCCCCCCAUCUCUGUCCCCGUGAUGGAGGAUGGAGAGGGUUCGCCUACACCCCUCAGCUGCAAAAAUGUUCUGGAGAUCCGACGGCGGAAGAUGAACCGACAUAAUUACAAGAAACUGCUUAAGCGGACUAAGUUCUUGAGGCGGAGAGUGCUAGAGGGCAGGGGGAAAAAGAAACAGAAACGUUUUGAAGAGGAUCUGAAGAGGAUUUGGACACGGGCUGGACUGAAGAAAGCUCCAGAAGGCUGGCAUGCACCAAAGAUCUUCAUCAAGCAGCACGGAAACAAAAGAGACUGAGAAACUCAGACUCAGCGGAGUUUGGGUCACAUCCCUCACCCUGGGUGGCUCUGCACAUCCCGCACUGCAGCUCAAACACUCGGACGACUCUGUUCUUUGCGGCUCGAUUUGAAAAGUGUUUCAUUGAUGGGGAGAUAUGACCUGUGUACAAUUAUUUUGAACAAAGUGUACCUAAUUCAAUAAAGACCACUCUCUCUUGA